CAAAUGCGACGUUCAUCAACUGUUACCAUGACAGCAUAAUAACGGCUUUCCGAUACGUGACGUCACACACGACUGUAUCGACUUUACCACAGGAAACUGAAGUGGCCGUCUCCAUCACUUCCGUUGCUGAUAAUUAGAGUCGCCCGUGCGUCAGGUGCGCGUGGACGCUCAUACAUGCCAGCCAAGUGAUGGCAGGAACCUCGGACGUGGUGAAGAGAGUCUUGCGCUUCAAGCUUCAGCUAUCAGACACGCCACAGUCUGCCACGGUUCUCAAAAUCUUGCAGAAGCUCAACAAUCUAGACAUCACUGUAGAUGUUCUUGCUGAAACUGGAAUUGGGAGAACUGUGAAUUCCUUUCGCAAGCACAGAGAAGCUGGAGAAUUGGCCAAGUCACUGGUCAAAGGUUGGAAGAAAUUAAUCCCCAAGAAGUCAACGAGUCAUACAGAAGACAGAGACAUAUCGGACAGUUUGUUCAUCAAAGAGCGAAUCAUCUGUGACCGAAAUAGCACAAAACAUGAAGACCAUAAAGUGGAUGAUUUAAAAAAUAAUUGCUUAACACCAGCUAGAAAGAGUUUGGAAGAUUUGACUGAAAUAUGUCCUGCUGAGGAAAUACACAAAAAUGCCAAAAGAAAAAAGGACAAGUCCAAAACAAGUAAAAAAGAUGACCCAAAGAGUUUGGGAAAUCGAAUCUUGAGUUUAAAAAAUGCUGUUCUCGAGGACAAAUGUGAUCAUUCUGUUUCUAAGCGCAGGAAAAAUGGACAUUGUAAAUCCAGGUCUGGCUGUCAGGUACAACCCAAAGACAAAAGUGGCUUACACUGUGAGGUCUCAUCUUUGGAAAGAAAGAAAGAGAAGUCAAAAAAGAAGUCAAAGCUGUCGAAGGAACUCCCGCAAGACUUGAAGGAAACCUUCUCAUCCCGUGACAAACACUCAGAAAAGUCCCCUAACUUGAACAAUGCUCAACAGGACAGAUCGUCGGGAUCAUCGAGUAGCUCAGACAACCGAAAUAGGAAAAGGAAGAAACGAGAGAAAGAAGAGUCUGCACAUGAUGAGCUGUUGAAACUCUCACACAAAAAGGUCAAAACACAGCAAGAAAAUAGUGAGAGUGAACUGGAGGAGCCAUCCAUGUCUUUUGAAUCGUACUUGAGCUACGACCAAAAAGCCACGAAGAAGAAGAAUCGCUCCAAUGGAAAGAAAACCUCCAAACGCAUCAAUGCUGUCAUAAAGAAGCAGCCUCUCGUAAAACCCACCAAGUCCCCGAGGAUGCCUGUUUCUCCAAAAAAGAUUUUUCUGGAAUCUCCAAAGGACCCGCUUCACAUUCCAUUACCCGACCUUCUGGCUGAAUGUGACAAAGGAUUCAGUUUUGAAUACCUUGAGAAGAAAGUUGAGAAGGAGCCUGAUUUCGGGGACCUAUCUGAGGACUCCACAUUCUUCACAGGCCAUCGGCUAAAUAAAAAAAUGCAGGUCUACUCGGGCGCCAAGACGGUCUUCCUCCCUGCUAUGAUGAGCUUGUACCAGCAGUGUAUCCGCACGCUGCAGAACAAUAUUAACUUGCUUUAUGAAACCGGCGGAGUCCCGUUUGAAAUCCUUGAGCCGGUUUUGGAGAGGUGUACCCCGGAGCAGUUGCUACGUAUUGAGGAGUGCAAUCCGGUGUACAUCGGAGUGACAGACCACCUGUGGGGGAAACACUGCCAGAGGGACUUCAAGGAUGCCAAACUUCAGCAGUACGAGUCAUGGAAGGAAAUGUACAUCAGAGUGUCCGAGGAGAGGGAAAGAAAAUUCCAGACGCUGGCCAAAAAAAUCGUUUUGGAUCAUUCCAAGAAGCCCAAAGGCCGGCAAGUGAAGAUGGCAUUUAUUCACACUGUUGCUAAGCCACCGAGAGACGUGCGUAUUCAACAAGAAAUCCAUGGCACUGCGGUUCAGCAACCUCAGCAACCCAGGAACAGCGUCAAGUCCCAGGAGAGCAAAUGGCUGAGCAAUGAACCCGCAAAAAACAGCAGCACGACCUCAGGGCCAAGCAGCACACAAGAACCUCGCAAGAAAACACGGGUGGCGCCAAUGAUGGCAAAGUCCUUAAAGGCGUUCAAGAAGCAACUAGGACGGAGAUAAACGCAUGCACUUGAAUGAUCUUGCACUUUGUGUUGGGCCCGGGUUAUUGAAACUGUUCAUUACUGUAACUGUUGGAUUACUGUAUGACAACUAAUACAAGUGAUUACUAUAUUUCUCUGGAAAUGUUAAGUUUCUCCACGAUUGAAUAAUAAACGUCAUAAAAUGCAAAACUGGUCCGUUUUGAGGGGUUUAAAAACGUCCCAAUUACCAAAUGGGUUGUGGCUCCCUCUAGAGGAAUUGUUGGGUAAUUGAUUCUCAUACCUACAAUGGCAUAGAAACUGACCAUCACUAUACUGUAAAUAAAUUGCAUGUUUAAAUACA